CCGUCAUGCCCCUGGCCGUGCCGCCCGCGCUCCUGCUGCCGCUGCUGGGGCUCGCCGCUGCUGCCGUCGUGGACUGUCCUUCAUCUACUUGGAUUCAGUUCCAAGACAGUUACUACAUUUUUCUCCAAGAAGCCAUCAAAGUAGAAGGCAUAGAGGAUGUCAGAAAUCAGUGUACUGACCAUGGAGCAGACAUGAUAAGCAUACAUAAUGAAGAAGAAAAUGCUUUUAUAUUGGAUACUUUGAAAAAGCAAUGGAAAGGCUCAGAUGAUAUCCUACUAGGCAUGUUUUAUGACACAGAUGAUGCGAGUUUCAAGUGGUUUGAUAAUUCAAAUAUGACAUUUGAUAAGUGGACAGACCAAGAUGAUGGGGAGGAUUUAAUUGACACCUGUGCUUUUCUGCACAUCAAGACAGGUGAAUGGAAAAAAGGAAAUUGUGAAGUUUUUUUUGUGGAAGGAACCUGCAAAACAGCUAUUCCAUACAAAAGGAAAUAUUUAUCAGAUAACCAUAUUUUAAUAUCAGCUUUGGUGAUUGCUAACACAGUAAUUUUGACAGUUUUGGGAGCAAUCAUUUGGUUCCUGUACAAAAAACAUUCUGAUUCUCGUUUCACCACAGUUUUUUCAACUGCACCCCAAUCACCUUAUAAUGAAGACUGUUUGGUAGUUGGAGAAGAAAAUGAAUAUCCUGUUCAAUUUGAGUAAGUUUUUGGUAAUCUUGCACUAAGACAUCAACAAAAUGCCCUGGCAGAGAUUCUUGGGAAAAAUUUUAAUAUAAAACUUGACA